CCCCCCCCGGCGGUGCCCGCGGGAGGUUCCGGGGGCAGAGUCCGCGGCCAUGGCGGAGCCGGAGGGGCCCGGGAGCAGCUGCAGGCUGGAGUUCGCGGUGCAGAUGAGCUGCGGGGGCUGCGCUGACGCCGUGAGGGCGGCGCUGGAGGGGACCCCAGGGGUGACGCUGCUGGAGCUGCUCCCCCAGGCCCAGUCCGUGCUGGUGGAGACCUCCCUGGGGGCCGAGCGGGUGCAGGAGCUGCUGGAGAAUUCGGGGUGCAGGGCCGUGCUCAAGGGCAUGGGGGGCUCCCCUGACGCGCCCCCCGGGGGUGCAGCCGUGGCGGCCCUGGGGGGUCCCGGGGGGGUCCGGGGGCUGGUUCGGUUCCUGCAGGUCUCCCCCGGGCGCUGCCUCGUGGACGGGGCCCUGUCGGGGCUCCCCCCGGGCCCCCACGGGCUCCACGUCCACGAGUUCGGGGACCUGUCGGACCCCUGUGACAGCUGCGGGGGGCACUUCAACCCCGACGGGGAGACCCACGGGGGACCCCAGGACCAGCACAGGCACGCCGGGGACCUGGGGAACAUCUGGGCGGACGCCGAGGGCCGAGCGCGGUUCCGCAUCGAGGACCCCCGGCUGAAGGUCUCGGACAUCAUCGGCCGCUCGGUGGUGGUGGCCCAGGGCGAGGACGAUCUGGGCCGGGGGUCCCACCCCCUGUCCCCCCUCACCGGCAACUCGGGGCCGGGCCUGGCCUGUGGUGUGGUGGCUCGGGCCGCCGGACUCUUCCAGAACCCCAAACGCGUCUGUUCCUGCGACGGCGUCACCCUGUGGGAGGAGCGCGACCGGAGCAGCGCCACCCCCGCGGGGACCCCCGGCCCCCACCUCUAGGAGGACGCGGGACCCCAAUAAACGCCCCUCGCUCUGCA